UCCACAUCUGUAUUUUCCAGCAGGAUUAGAACUGAUUCUUCCUUCCUCUGUCAGUGCUCAGGUCUGCGUUCAGCUGUUCCUAUAGCUGUGGUUGAGGAGAUCCUCCUGAAUCUUCCUGCUCAUCAGGUGGUGCGAGUCUGUCGUCUGGUGUGUCAUGAGUGGAAGGAGCUGGUGGACAGCACUGCACACUGGAGAGAACGCUGUCGGAGAGAGGGCUUACAGCCACAAGAUCCUUCCAGAGCCAUAGACAGCGGGAGCCAGUUUUACUUCAUAACUAAGAAACGACAUAACUUGCUCAAGAAUCCCAGAGCAGAAGAUAAACUUGAAGGAUGGAAGAUUGUACAGAAUGGAGGUGACCGCUGGGUGGUAGAGAAAAAUAGGAAUCCAUUUGUGGAUGAGACGGUUAUGUUUGAAGCAACAGCUGAUAGAUUUGAAGAAGGAAGGCUACAACGCUGCUUUCAUGGAGCAACUACAACCUCAUAUCAAAAUAUCAGACUGGUAUGCCCCACGCUUUGAUUGUGGGUGUCAGUAUGAGAUCUUUGUGGAGUUGCUUGAUAGGAGGAAAAAACCCAUCUGUACUUUUUAGCCUGAGAAAGUUUUUUUCCAACAGUGGAAUGAUGAGCCAUGGUGUUAAAUGACACAUGUCUUUAAGGAUUAUGGACCUGGGGUUCAGUUUAUCCGCUGUACUCAUGGAGGGGUGGAUACACAGUAUCGGGCAGGCUGGUAUGGGAUACGGGUCACUAACAGUAGUGUGGAGAUUUGUCCAGCUGAAGAAAGAUAGUGUCUUACUGCAUUUUUGUGCAACAGGCACAAAGGUGCACAAAGGAAUUCUAAUGAUGCAAUAUGCCAUAAAGGAGACAUAAAACAUUACAAAGCACUUCCGUGAAUGUACUUAGUUCUAAUAAACGCUGUAAAUAUGAGGGAACUUAGUCUGCAACUAUAAGUACAUACAUAAACAUGCACUAAAGUAAUCAGUUUACUUAAGUAAUGUUGAAAGCAGUUGAUGAGAUAUUAUAUCUUUUUUUUCAUCUCCUCUAUCUAUGUAUUAAUUUUGAAUUUGUAACAGUUGAAAAAGAAUGUAAGAAAUGUAAAGAUGAUGUGAUUGAAUCUGUAAGGAAUUUUGUGACCUUUUUGCAAACAUUUUCAAUCAUUGAAGCCAUAGUAAAAAUACCAUAUUUUCAGA